AUGUGGCUGAGAAAUGUGGAGGAUGAGGCUAGAAGGAUUUGGGUGGCGGGUAAAGAACUUGGGGCCACUGCAACAGGAGAUGAAGGUGAAAUUCUGAGAAGACUUGCAGCUAUGGAGCAUAGGUAUGCUACUGAGGCAGGGGAGUUGGCUGGGUUGGGGCCAAACAUGGAAAAUGGUGGGAAGGGGUUCAUUGGAUUGAUAGGAACAUGGGGAGACAUGACAGAAGCUAUUGUAGUUGUUAACAUAUAUUCCCCUUGCAGAAUUGAGGAGAAGAGGAGUAUGUGGCGAGCAAUCCUUGAGUGGAAAAGUAGCAGAACAGAAGCUUUGUGGUGUUUGGGUGGAGACUAUAAUUCUGUUCGAUCGGAGGAUGAGAGAAGGGGGGUAGCUACAGCGGGGGGAACUCAGAGGAGAGCAAUUCUGGAGUUUAACAAUUUUUUUGAGGAGCUAGAGGUUGGUUUGUGUCGAAGCAUUUCAGACCAUUGCUCGUUGCUAUUGCAAACAAAGUUUCAGGAUUGGGGCCCAAAAUCAUUCAGAGUGCUUAAUUGCUGGUUCUUGGAGCCUAAGUUUAAGGAGUUUGUGGUGAAAGUGUGGGAGGAAUUUCAGUGUGAAGGAUGGGGUUCCUUUGUGCUAAAAGAGAAACUCAAAGGGCUGAAAGCAAAACUGAAAGUGUGGAAUAAGGAGGUGUUUGGUGAUGUGAAUAGUAAGAGGAAUGACUUGGUGCUGCAGAUAGAAGAGGAUCUGGACCGGAAAGAAGAGGAUGUGGGGUUGCUAGCAACAGAGGUGGAUGCACGUAGGUUAUUAUGUUAUGAGUUCUGGGCGGUUCUCAAGCUGCAGGAGUCUCUUCUUUGCCAAAAAUCCAUAUCCAAGUGGCUCAAAGAAGGUGACCAUAAUACAAAAUACUUUCACUCCAUAGUUAACUGGCGUAGACGCACAAAUUCAAUCGCGGGUCUGAUGAUUGAUGAGAGCUGA